AUGCAAGGCGAUGGAUUUGUAUACGACGGUGGUCCAGGAGGCGUGGGUCCGGGAAACGUGGCCGGCGGGAGCGGAGGAGGACUGACGAGCGUUCCCGCCGGCUCACGGCUUCACCAGUACUUGGGAGCGAAUCGACAGGGUAUUACUUUGUUUUUUUCAAAUUAAAUAUCACAGUAACUGGAUUUUUGAAAAAGUUUUUCUUUACUUCCAAAAAUACAAGAAACAAAAAAACUUUAUUUUUUUGUCUGUUUCUAGCUUCAUCAUCUUUCGGCGGAUCACACCAUCAAUUACAUAUAAAUGUGAGUUUCUUUUCCUUUUCAAGAAGCUGAAAAUUUCACUUCAGGCCCCUCCUUUUAUUCCGAAGCAGCAGUUCUCACAAAUGUCUCUGAACGAAGCACCAAAUCUGCCUCCAAAUUUACCUCCGUAUGGAACUCACAAUCAUCGGGGUUUCGGUCAGUUUUUGAUCCGAUUGAGAACUUUUUAAUACCUUCAGCUAAUUCUGGAGCUAAUCCGGUUCCAUUAUUGGAAACUCCUCCACAGCACCCACCGCCGGCUCCUCAUGUGCGACCUUAUCAACAGGUGUAGUCGAAAUGUCAAGUUAAUCAAAUUAAAAAGUUAGCUGAAAAUUGAGUUGAUUUUUUGUUUUCGAAACAAUGGAAGUUUUUCACCUAAAAAAACUAGAUCUGAAUUGAAUAGUUUUUUUAAACUUUUUGUUAGUUCGUAGAAGGCCUCAGCCAAACCGAAAAAGCCAAAAAUUAGUGGUCCUUUUUGUAAGAUCUACACACAUGGUAUUCAAUGAAGAAAACCUUUUUUAUGUUUUUUUUGCUUCGAUUAAAAUUAGUUGCAAGCCUUUUGUAAGCUUUUCUUUAGUGUUAUUAAUGUCAUACUAUCCGUUAAUUAGAACAACUUUUUCUUGCAGGAAACGCACGGCGGAACUAUUUAUUUCUACCCGCCUCCACAAAACGAGCCGCCGGCGGAGGAAGUAGCCUCUUUUGAUCCCGAACUUCCUUUAGUUGUUCCAGAAGGCCACACGAUCGUUGUCAGUUAUUUCUUUUCAGUUGUAAUGCUACUCAAAUUUAUUCGCAAAACAUUUUUUUGUCAAAAUUUGGGGCAAAUCCGGUGAAAUUUGCAGAAUACAAACGGCUGUUUUUCCUAUCAAGGGCCGUUGCCUCACAUUGGCAAAUUCAGGCCAAAAGGAGCGUUGGGCAAUAAUCAGGCACAGUUCAUUAAUCCCGAUUUGAAACUGGUACUUGUGUCCAUUUCUUCUCCAUUUGUACGUUUGUAUUUUGAGGAACUCAUCAAUCGGCAACUGGCGAUCGAUGCACGCGCCGAUCCUGUCGUUUAUCCAGAUCUCCCAACACAAGUUCAUUUGAAUAGUUUUGAUGAAAAUUUGGAAAAAAAAGAACAUUUUCUGCUUCAUCAAAAAUUGAACUGUUUUACUGAAUUCGCGAGGUCCUUGGUUGGAUUUUUUUAAAAAUGGAAAUUUCGAAAAAGCGGGCGCCGAAAAAAGUUGCUAAAAGUUUUUAAUUUCGAAAGUUCAUUUUGAUUGUAAUGUACAUAAGAAAAGUAUUUUUGUCUGAGCAAAUAUCUCGAAAAUAAACGACUUACUUGUGCGGAGAAAAUUCUUUCAAGACUUGAAUCUUGAUGAAUGUGUAGGUUAAGAAGCUUCCGGCUUUCAAAAUCAUCAUCUAGUAAAUAAGAGAUCUUUAAAAAUCUAUAUUCAGAAAACUGAAAAUAUUUUGCCUUCAUUGAUUUUCCGACACUGUGAACCUGAAAAAUGAAAUUUGUGAGAAUUUCUAAGCACAAAUUCUAGGUGGACCAUCUGAACAAUUUCGUCCCUCUGGAAAACGUGACGAUCCAACAUCUUUCGCAGACGACUUACAAGGCGAGUUCUGUGCGAGACGGCGUCGCUUAUUGCGUCCGUCGGAUCCACGGUAGGACUCCUUCCGGGUGGGAAAACGUCUUUCCGAUGCCUCAGGGUUCCGUUGUCAGUCUCCGAAGCAACUCCAACCUCUGGAGAACUGGAAGAAGCUCGUCCACGUGAACGUCGUCCAGCUGCGCGAGUUCUUGCCCAACUCUCGGCAGUUCGGCGACACGUGUACGUCUUUUUCUCGCUACAAAACGACUGUUCCAAUCGAUUUCAGCUCUGCUCCUUGUUUAUGACUAUCACCCGUUGGCAGAAUCGCUCAAAGCUCGGCAUUUUGGACAGGGCAGCGGCACUUUUCUCGACGGCAUCAGUUAGUGUGAAGAAUUCAAGAAAAUAGGAAGAAGAAGAAGUAAAACGUAAUUCAGAGAAAGUCAAAUACCGAAGAAAAAUUCGUUUUCUCUUCAUUUUUCUUGUUUGAAAAAAAAAUAAACUGUUCGUCUUUAAACCUCAACUUCAUAAUUCUCGUUUUUUUUUUCAAGUUUGCUCAUCAGAGAAUUUGUUUUAUUUCUAUUUGAUAUUUUCCAGCUCACUCUGUAAUAGAUUCGAAAUCUGCAACGUGUUUUUGAAACGAAGUUGGAUUUUCUCUAGAGAGUUUGGAAUAAUAUUGUUUUUUUUUUCGCUUUCUUGGAAAGUUUUAGCUUUGACCAGAAAUCUAUAUUCGAAUUGAAACAAUCGUUCAAAUUUUAUUUAUUUUUUUUCAACCACCGACUUUUUCGGAGCUUUUAACUUUCUGUGAAAUUUUCAGGCGGUGCUAAGAUUGUUGCGAAUCAUCAAGCGCCGCACAAUGGGGCAGGUUUGUUGUGUCUUUCAUUCUCUGGCCUUACCUUCAUUGAGGUUCUUUGUUCAAAACAUACCUAUUUGUUUUGUUCAGGUGUUUCUGAAAUGACUUUGUGGUCGUACGUAAUCCAGCUGUCGGCAGCACUCCGCGCCAUUCACACCAGUGGACUGGCCGCCAAAACUAUCGAUCUCAGCAAAAUUUUGAUCCAUGGAAAACAAAAAGUGACCGUUUCAGCCUUUUUGAUCCAACUCGGAAGUUUGCAGUUGCUCAUUUCUUGCUGUGGCGUUCCGGAUGUCGUCAGUCCAGACCACAUGUCGAUUCCUCAGCAACAGGUUCCGAAUCAUUAUGAAGUCGAUCGACAACUGAGUGUUCAAUUUAAAAAAUAUUCUCUAAUAGAAUCUUGCAAAAUUGAAAAUAUCGCAAAAAACGGCUCCAUGCCUCGAUAUCUUCAAAUUUUUUUAAUGCUUUUUCAAACACACUAAUAAGAAUUAUACGGAGCAAACUGCUCGUAAUUACAAUGACUUGUUCAUAAUAAAACUUGAAGUUUUCAAACUUCUUUGAAUAAUUUUUCUAUUAAAAAAGUGGUUUUCAAAUUCAAAAAAAUUUUUCUCAAAAAAAAAGAGAAAGAUUAUUUUUUUCAGCUAAUGACUGACUUUAUAAAGAAGAAGAAGAAGUAUAUCUCAAGCCCUCAAAAGAAACAAGUGUGUUAGGUGGAAGAUCUGCACGCGCUGGGACGACUGAUGGUGGCACUCGCUACGGGGAACGCGUUCGGCGCGCGACGCGACUUGUUGCAACAGUCGCUCAACUACGUCCAGGGACACUACAGUCUCGACAUGAAAAAUCUCAUCAAGUACUUCUUUCCCACUACAACCUGCAAGAAUGUUCAUAGAUUCUCAAAAAAAACCUUUCAUACAAUAAGUUAAUUGUGAUGAAACAAGGAAAUUCCAAAGAAAAAAAAAAUCAGAUUCAAGUUUAUAUGAUCCACAAAAAUUGAAAUAUGUCAAGUUUUCUGUCAGCCUCAGAAUGAAUCGAAAUUGAAUAUUGUACUGUGAAAGAGUCUUUUUCCCUUUAUUCUGGUCAUCAAAUGUGAAAACGACGCUUUCAGUCAAGUGAAGAAUUUGCUUUUUUCAGUUACUUGUUGAAUCCGACGCCUGGUGUGAGAAAGUCGAUUAAUGAUAUUAUGCCAAUGAUCGGCGCCCGAUUUUACUCCCAGGUUGAUUAUCACGUAAUUGAUGAAAUUGAUUUUUGAAAAUUCGUUUAAGCUUCAGUAAGGUUCUCACUAUUUCAGGUGGAAAGCCAUCAGCAGCGGACGGAUUAUUUAGAAGCCGAGUUGAGCAAGGUUGGACCGUCGCGAAACAUUUCGAUUAGUGAAAUAAAAUGAAAAAGCUUCUCAUAAGCGGAAACUAGAAAAGAACUUUUUGUGUAAACUGAAUGAGAAAAUUUUUUUUGCCUUACCCUCCGACAUUUAAAAAAAAGAAAAUUACCAUGUUUAAAAAAAACUGUUAAACACAGGAACUGGAGAAUGGCCGUUUGUUUCGCGUUUUGUGCAAAAUGAACACGAUUCUGGAAAGAAAUGAGUGAGUUUUUCUUGAAAACAAAAUUGGAACACAUUUUUGGGAAUAAUCCAGCAUUUAAAGGUUACUAUCAGCGUUUAUAGGCAUAAUCGCGACGAGAAUUGGUCAGAAACGGGCGAUCGCUUCAUGAUCAAACUAUUCCGCGAUUAUGUCUUCCACCAGGUUUCAAUUCAUUGAUUUCAUGCGUAAAAUGAUUCGAUUCCCUUGGAGGUCAUGGAGAACGGUAAACCCUGGCUGGAUAUGGCUCAUAUCGUGCAGUGUUUGAAUAAGGUUCUUCUUUUGUGAUAUUUCUCAUUUUUCAUCGAUUCUCUUUCAGUUGGAUGCGGGAAUUUCUGAGAAAAUCGAGUUGGUCUCACGUGAUGGCGAGAAUUUGAUUAUUGUCAGUUAUGGCGACUUGAAAAGGUUUUUUUUUGUUUUGUUUUUUUCUCUGUGUUUUUGAAGCGCCUGGAGACUCAAAUACUCAAAUUUACUCUCUGUAAAAUUCUAAACUUAAUUAGUGUAAGGAGCGAAUUUCUUAAGUAUUAAAACAUGAUCUUUUGAAUUUUCAUUUUUCCUGAAGAAAAUUCCGAACUCAGGUACGCAUUCUUAGGCAAUUUUUGUUAUUCAGAUGUAUGGAAACUUCCUUCCGCGACCUGUGUGGCUCGAAUGUCGCCCAACGUCAUUGA